AUGGACAAGAUAAUGUCUCAUGCUAAAGCAACAAUUCAUGUCGAAAACGAUAAACUGAUCAUGUACGGUGCUUCGGAUGAAUCUGCUGGAUGCGUUUUGAGAGGUUUCCUCAAAUUAAAUGUACAAGAACCUAUGAAGGUCAAAUCAAUUUCUUUGGAAUUUGUUGGCAAAAUGUCUACAUCAUGGGCAGAAAGUAAAGGACAUGACAAAUUAUAUCAUGAAGAAAAACCAGUCAUAAAUCAUACAUGGAACUUUUUACCCAAGCAAACUAAGCUCCAACAAAUCAACCCCGGUGAAUACCAAUAUGGCUUUGAACUGGCUCUUGCUGGCAGCCUACCAGAGUCAUUGCAAGUGCAAAACUUCUACCAUGUCCAAUAUCAGCUUAAAGCCACCAUUGAAAGAUCAACCUUUAUGCCCAACUUGACUACUCGAAAAGUGAUUCAUCUUUCUCGUCAACUCUUACCCCUCACACCCGACUUUUUGGAACCUAUUACUGUAUCAAAUCAAUGGGCCAACAAGCUCGAUUACGAAAUCAUAUUACCUUCAAAAAUUUUUACUCACGGAGAUUUGGUGCCUAUCUCCAUUCGUAUCACACCAUUCACUAACGCACUCCGUGUUCGUCAUCUGACUUGCACGUUGAAAGAAUACAUGAUCUGUCGUGGUGGUCAAGGAUCAUUCAAUACUCGUCCACGAGCACACGGCCGAGUGUUGUUCACUACGAGAGAUGACAAAUUCGGUCAGCAACAAUUUAAUCACAAUAGCAGCAGUUUUGUAGAAUGGACAAAAGUGCAAAACAUUCAGUUACCACGAUCAAAAGAAGACUUACAAUGCGAUAUCCGAAAUGAGGCUAUUCGAAUCAGACAUAAAAUCAAAUUUGUAUUGUCAUUGAUCAAUUCAGAUGGCCAUAUUUCUGAGCUGAGAGCAGCUUUGCCAAUAACCAUUUGUUCUGUUAACAAUACUGGCCUACCAAGAUACGAAGAAACAUGGCGCAGUCUACCCUAUAAUCCCAUUACUGCUACAGGAAACUCAUCAGAUCAAGAAGAUUAUGCUAUUCGAGAGGAGGAUGCUAGCGACAGCAAUGACUGCUUAUUACCAUCUUAUAGCUCUAUCUUUGAAGCAGAUAAAGCAACUGAACAGGAUAUCAAAAAAGCCUAUAGAAAACUAGCUUUGAAAUAUCAUCCUGACAAAAACUCUUCUGAUGAUGCAGCUGAAAAGUUCAAAGAAAUUAGUCAAGCAUAUGAAAUAUUAUCUGAUCCCGAGAAGCGUAAUCUCUACGAUACUCGCGGACAUGUAGAAGAGGAGCAGGAAGACUACGCCUAUCAUGAUCCCUUCGAUAACUUCCAUUUCCAUAGCCCUGAAGAAAUCUUUGCCCAAUUCUUCGGCAGUAUGCAUCCAUUUGGUGGAGCGAGUGGAAGAACGGGUAGGGGACAAAGGCGUAACGAUCCAUUUGCUUCAUUCAUGAUGCCUUCAUUGUUCUCCGGCUUUAUGGGUGGGAUGCAUGAUCCUUUCUUUCAGGAUGAAAAUGAUGGUUUCAUGGGCUUCCCUCCUAUGUUUGGCGGCAGUAGCAGUUUUUCAUCAUCUUUUAGCUCUAACAGCGGAGGACGCGGUAGAGGUUAUUCAAAAUCUGUAUCAACGUCUACUCGAUAUGUCAACGGUCGUCCAGAGACGGUGACAGUGACAAAGAUUACUGACGAAAAUGGCACAAAAGUUAUUGAGGAAUACGGAAAUGGUGUAACGAAAAUCAACGGCAUUGAA